AUGCUUCCUUCACCUUUGCACGCGAAUCGGUCGUCCGCCAUAUUCAGGGUGACCAUGAGUCGGGCUUACUCUGCAUACGCGAGUGUCGCGGUCGCUGUUUUGAUGCUCAUCGCUUACGCCGUCGUAUCAACCGUCCGCCAAUACACGCGGCUGCGGCACAUCCGAGGGCCUCCAUCCGCCGGCUUAUCCAAGUUGUGGCUCAUCCGGGCGAUCGGUGGCGGCAGGGCGCAUCUUGACUUCUAUGAGGCUUGUGAGAAGUACGGGCCCAUUGUCCGCGUCGGGCCGAACGAUCUCAUCACCAGCGAUCCGGACCUGAUGAAGCAUAUGCUCAAUGUGCGAUCGACCUAUAAGCGGUCUAAUUGGUACGAUGGGAUGAGGCUCAAGCCUGGAAAGGACAACGUGCUGUCGAUGAGACGACGACUUGCAUCAAAAACUUCGGUCAAAGAUGGCUGCAGGUCUGAAAGUCAGCCACAGUACUCCGGGAAGGAAAUCGAGAACCUCGAGGCCAAAAUCGACCAGAACGUCCUGCGGCUCAUCGGCUUGCUCGAAAUGUACGUUUCCCGGGACGAGCCUUUCGACUUUGGACUGAAGGCACAGUACUUCACACUCGACGCCAUCUCGGAUAUCGCUUUCGGGGAGCCGUUCGGGGACUUAGACACCGACUCGGACGUGCAUGAGUACAUCAAGACGAUGGAGCAGAACAUGCCGACCAUCAUCAUGACCAGUGUGUUGCCGUGGCUGCUAACGCUCCUCUCGUCGCCCUUUUUCCGGAAGAUGAUGCCCUCGGAGGAAGAUAGCAUCGGUGUCGGAAAGAUCAUGAGUAUCGCCAAGCAAGUCGCGGCUACGCGUUUCGGGCCCAAAAAGAAGAUUAAGAAAGACAUGCUCGGGUCUUUUGUCGCCCGAGGGCUCACCCAAGCCGAAGCCGAGUCGGAAAUUCUCAUGCAGCUUCUGGCUGGCUCCGACACGACGGCGACGGCGAUCCGGGCGACUGUGCUUCAUAUCAUCACGAGCCCUCGGGUGACCGCCGCCCUCCGGGCCGAGAUCGAUGCCGCCGGGCUCUCGCGGCCCGUCGUUUCCGAGGCGGAAGCGCGUGAGAUGCCGUAUCUGCAGGCCGUCAUCAAGGAGGGCCUUCGGAUCUUCCCGCCGGUCGUAGGCCAGAUGUCGAAAGAAGUGUCCAACGGAGGAGCCGGUGACACUUUCAAGGGCGUCCACCUGCCCGAAGGCACCAGGAUAGGGUACUGUGCGUGGGGCAUCUUCCGCAGACCGGACGUCUGGGGGGCCGACUCCCAUUUCUUUCGACCGGAGCGGUGGCUCGAGGCCGACGCAGAGAAAUUAAGAGUGAUGGAGAGCACGUUGGAACUUGUCUUCGGCCACGGUCGAUGGCACUGCCUGGGCCGAAACGUGGCUCUGAUGGAGCUGAACAAAGUCUUUGUCGAGCUGCUGAGGAGGUUCGAUCUGGUUUUGGUCAAUCCUGCGGAACCAUGGCACUCGGUCUGUUGUGGGGUCUUCCUACAAUCCCAAUACUGGAUUCGGGGAUACAAGCGGCAUUCUUGA